GUGAAAUCGAAGCAAGGAUCAACACAUUUUCCCAUUCUUUGUUGUGUUGUUACGUGUUUACUGGAGCACCCGAAAUGUAACCAAAGCCUUGAAAACCUUUUAAAACAUGUACAAAACAAAAACAAAGUAACUUUAAUUGACAAUUUGGAGCUCCCUACACGUGCUUCGAAUUCAUUAUGUCGCGAAGUGGAAAAUCAGGAUAUGAAAACACAACUCAAAUGUCAAAAAUGCUGCCAGCAUCAAACAUAUAUCGUGUUGGAGAUUAUGUUUUUGUUGAAACACAGCCCAGCCAUCCAUAUCAAAUCAGAAGGAUCGAAGAGUUAACAAAAACAUCAAAUGGUCAAGUAGAAGCUAAAGUAUCCUGUUUUUACAGGAGAAGAGACCUAUCAAAUGCUUUAGUUAGCCAGGCUGAUAAACAUGCAUCAUCUGCAGAAGAAGAAGGUGAAAUAAAUAUUGGUGCUGAUUCCCUCAGUGAUGAACAAUCGCAUCAGUUAAAACACAGAGAAGUUUUCUUAUCACGACAGUUGGAAAUAAUUAAUGCAAAUACAAUCAGGGGCAAAUGUUCUGUGACAUUAUACUCUGAAGUUGAAAAUCUGGUUGAUUACAUCCGUGAUGACGAUUGGUUUUACUAUCUUCUUGUAUACGACCCUCAGCAAAAGACCUUGUUAGCUGACCGUGGUGAAAUUGGAGUAGGUGAUGAAUACCAAGCUGAGGUGAUGGAGAGCACAAUUGAUCCAUCAGAAGACAAAAGCAACUCAUCAGAAUUGGAGACACUUCAGUAUGAUCCUGCCAAUCCGUUAGAGGAAAAACAAGUGGAACAAUUUUUAGUUAUUGCUAGAUCAGUUGGUACGUUUGCACGAGCUCUUGAUUCAGGGAGUUCUUCUAAAGAACCAAGCCUGCAUCUAAGUGCAGCAGCUGCUUCCAGAGAUAUAACUUUGUUCCAUUCUCUUUCUAUUCUUCAUAAAUGUGAAUAUGAUCUUGGGAAAGCAGUCUCUAUGUUGAUUCCUGAUGGCGGACCUAUUUUAUGUCGUGAUGAAAUGGAGGAUUGGUCAUCAGGUGAAACUACACUGUUCGAAGAAGGAGUCAGAAAGCAUGGGAAAGAAUUUCUGGAGAUACAGCAAGAAUAUCUUCCUUGGAAAACGAUUUCAAGUAUCAUAGAAUAUUAUUACAUGUGGAAAACUACAGAUAAAUACGUACAGCAGAAACGCCUGAAAGCACAAGAAGGCGACAGCAAAGUCACUCAGAUUUUCAUUCCAAGCAGUAACACUGCAAUUAACUUAACACUGGCUAUUCAAGCAACUUCGCAGUAUCAAGUCACACCAACAGGCACUCUCGUCACACCAAAUUACAUGUGUGAAAGCUGCUUUAGCAAAGAGUCAGUGCUUUGGUAUCCUUGGGGUCCUGCUACAUCGCAAUGUAAACUUUAUCUUUGCAAAGACUGCUGGGUAUACUGGAAGAAAUGUGGAGGGCUAAAAAAGUCAACUAAAACAUCGGAGACAACAAAUGAUUCUAAAGAGGCCUGUUACAAAUGUCGAAUAUGCAACAAGAAAUUUAACCGUGCGGAACGAUUGUCAAGCCAUAUGACUACUCACAGAGGAUACGACUGCAGUGAACCAGGUUGCGGAAAGACAUUUAAUCUAAAAGCUCAUUUGACACGCCAUCUAGCCAAAGCACAUGGCAUUUUCCCUCUUGAUAGCAAAAUGAAGGUGAAGACGCCAUUUAUGAUGACAUCCACGCCAUUGAUGAAAGUCACUCGUUAUUUAUGCCAACAAAAACUACGCAUCAUGCAUUUUGCAAGAACUCCAACAGACUGCAUCGAUAGUGUUGAAAUUAAGGCUGAAUCAUUAAAAUGUGUCAGUGUAGAGCAAGCAAAGGUGGUUUUCGAGAAGACUCGAAAAUUCAAAAAGAAACCACUAGAAGAAAUUGUAGACACCGUAAAAAAGAUGCCAAAGUCUCUCAAAUUGAACGUUCGUCCUGGUUCAACUGAUCCCUCAUCUGAUCAACGGUAUUCUCCAGGUGGAAGAAGAACUGGUUCACCCUUUCAACAAGCACCGACUUCGAUUAUUAAAGCAAAGACAUUGAAAAGUCCGACCCCAAUAAUGCCUGGUGGUCAUAAACGGCCAGCAGAACACGACCAGCAUGAGCUACCACCCUCCAAAAGACAAGCUCCAAUGCCGGCAUCGUCACCACUCGGCAGAAAAGGUUACGAAUGCAGUUAUUGUGGAAAACUGCUUCAUAAUCAAAUGAGUUUACAACAUCAUGUUCAAAUCCAUCAUGGUGUUAACGGACCACAAAUACACAUCCCACAGCAGGAUUCCCACAAACGCCAAUACCAGCAUUACCACGACAUCCCACCACAUAGCUCACAUCAUCCUUACCCACCACACCACGCACCUUAUCACCAUAAAGAUAGUAUGUCCAAUGGCGGAAUGUCUCAUAUGUCUCACAAGAGCUCGAGGCCACCUGCUGGCUCUACCUCUAGAAAACAGUCCUACAAAGGCAUCGUGCAGCAAAAUAGAAGAGAUGCUGAUAUGCAAUAUGUUGAUCCGCCUCAAGAAUUUUUAUUUAAUGCCACAAAGGAUUCGAAGAAAUCAAGGAGAUCACUGCCUACGCGUGUUCAACGAAAAAUAGCUCGAAAGCCGUUUGUACAAAUCAAAUGCUCCCAAGAAUUACGAGAUGCUAUUAUGUGUAAAAAGACAGACCAGAAAGUGAAAAGUGCUGAUCCAAUAGUGAUAGAUGAUGAUUGACUAGGGACAAAGGACAAAAAUUGACUUCCGACAGUUUAGAUAACAGCAAUAACAGGAUAAUUUGGAAUUCUACGAUUUCAUAUUUUUUAUUUUGAUAUUAAAUAUUAUUUAUCAUUGACUAAA